AGGCGGGAGGAUGAGAAGCAGAACUUUUGACGGAGUGUUUGUUUUCGGACGGCUGAACAACAACAACAACAACAACAACAGCAACAACAACAGAAACAGAGACAGAGACAGAGUGCGGAGACACACUCAGCACAGCACAAAGUACAGAUAAUACCAGCAGCGCCUACUGGACAACUUGUCCCGGGUAAAGUGUUACUUCCGCAUUAGAUGUGGUGCUGACCUCCAUUGAUCAGCUGGUAUGGCUGCAAGAAGACACAGAGACACUAAAGACACUGAUGUCAGCCUUCCCUUUGCAGCACUUCAGCUCCUGGCCCCUCCUGUGCGCCUGGUGUCUGCAGCCCUCUGGAAAGUGAUGAAGCAGAGGGAUGUGCUGCAGUAUGGGGUCCUGGAGGAAUUUGUGACAUCCGCCUGUGAGACUGUCCCGGGGCUGCUCACCGUAAGACACCAGGGCAAGCUGGCACUGGGGCUGAGAGGACGGUUAAUCUUGGAGCUGUGCCGUACACAGCCAGAUAAAAAGGACAUUAUGCCACACCUGCAAAGGAUGCGUGCUCCUGCUGCUAUGUCCACCUCCUCGGCUCCUACUGUGAAGAGGGAUGUAAAAAUCAUGAAAACAGUGGACUGUUUCCAUUCAUUGGUUCACACUCUGCUAAAAGACCCAUCAGAUAGAGAACACUUCUUCAAGGAGGAGUUUUCUGUGGAUUAUGGUCCAAAGUUUGACCAGGAACUGGAGAAGCUGCUUUGGGAGUUUUUGAUUCGACUGGACCAGUUGCUUCCGGUUCCCAACCUAGCUCAGACCGUGUCGUGGCUCAGUGACGCCCCCCCUGUCCUGGAGGAGUGUGCGCGAGCAGCCACCCAACCGCAGCUCCUGAAGAUCUUGCUUCAACAUCAAACCUGUCUGGGUCAUCUGGAGGCUGCAGCAUCCCUCCCUCCAAACAUGGGAGACUCCAUCCUAGCUUCACUUUCUCUGCCACCCUCUGGAAGAGUUCCUUCAAAUCAACCAACGGCAGCCAAAAAGUCUGGAGCGGAGCAGUCCGAUGGCACGCAGACAAGAGACAAAACGGCAUUUAUUACACCUGUUAUCGGACUAAUAUCUAAUGAAGAUGUACCAGUUAUGAUCAGGACAAAAGAUGCAACAAAUGAGCACUUGCACCGCAAAGAGAAGUUGAUGUUCACUGCGGUUAAAGAGAGACCCAAAGAUGGUGGAGAACAAGUGGAGGGGGAGAGGUACGCCCCAAAACGAAUCAGCGGAAUGAAACGCAAGCAACCUGACGAAGGAGAAGGUGAAACCGAUGAGGAGGAGGAGGAGGAGGAAGUGUUUGGCACGAUCAGAUCUGGGAAAGAGACGAUAAGCAGAAGUUUGAGAAAUGGAGCGAGCAUGUUAAUGAAGGAUAGAGGCGACCAGAGGACAAAUGAGAGCGAAGGAGAAGGAGGAGUGAGAAAGGAGGAGUGUAACAGAGCAGCCCUGGAAACCUGUAUGACCCAGCUGGGUGUCAAAACGCUGCACCUGCCUGAAGAUCCAUCCCUCUGCUCCAUUUUUGUCUCUUGCCUGAGUAGCCAACCCAGAGUUAUUAUUGAAAAAAUGAGCGUUAACAGGACUGAUGGAGGAGCUAAAUCCUUACAUGUGAAACAGCAGACUAAAAGGAGAAAGGCAGUAGUCAAAGCUGCAACACAGAUUUGCAGUCAACCUCAAAAGCCUGACUCAGAUGUCCCUGGCCUGGACGAUAAAGAAAAUCACCCCGUAUUACCGAGUAUAAGCAGCUCUCCAUCUCUGCAACGGCGUAACACAGUGACGUCAACUCAUCCAGGAGACGCUGACGACUACGUAGCUGACUCUGAGGAUGAGGCGACGAAGAACUUCAAAAGCAGGCUGUUCAUGAAGCGCUACUGCAAGACCAAACACGGCACCUACGUUCCCACUCUGAGGGAGUUCUGGAAGCCCGGGAUGACGCGGACGUCUGCCGGAAGCAAACGCAGAUGAUGAAAUACUUUCACUGGCAAGAUGGGUGUUUUCAAACUAAAGCUAGAAAGAUGCCAGACGACUUAAACUAAAUCCAAAAAUGCUUUGAAUUUGACCAGCUACUGUGGCUGAAGGACAUUUAUUAUCGUUUUCUUUCUCUUGAUUUAUGAUGUCACUCGAGCCUAACCAGAUAUUAACUUCAGUCUGUGGUUUGUCAUCAUGGAAAAAGGAGCCCUGAAACAAAUGUCAGAACUCUUUUAAAUUGUAACUGUGCAGUUUACUUGUAAAUAAAGACCAUAAUAUU